GGAAGAAGCAGAGGAGCUUUCCAGCACAUAAGCCCUUCUUCUUUAGGGUCAAAGCAGAAACUGGAUUUGGAGAGAGACAUGAGUGGAGAACAAUAGCUGGGAGUUCAGCGCUUGGUGUGGACCAUGUGCCCACGGCUGUUUGCUGGUUUGGAAGUACCAAUGGUUAAGAAUCUGCAGGAUCCUGUGCCCAGCGAGUGUGGGACAACUCCUACUUUCUGUCUGGUUUUGAUUGGCUUUCAGAAGAGGCAGUGUCCUAUAAAUUGCCCUCGCCGACCUGCUUCUGCUCUAUCACCAGCUGACAGACAGCAUAUUGGAAGGAGGAAGAUGCCAGUUGUCAGAAACAUGAGCCGAGCUGUCUGCCAGCUGCUACAGAACUCUGGUUGUGGAUGUGGGAUUCCCGUCAUUCCUGCUCGAUGCAUUGGAGUCUCGCCCCGCCAGGUGGCCUCCGAUGCUAGCUUUCACUCAGUUUCCUUUUCAAACUCCAAUCAUCCUCGGGUGCUAAUCACAGGUGGUCUUGGCCAGCUUGGAGUGGGACUUGCUAAGCUUCUGAGGAAACGCUUUGGAAAGAACAAUGUGAUCUUGUCUGACAUUAGAAAGCCUGCAGAUAAUGUUUUUUAUAGUGGUCCUUUUAUCUAUGCAGAUAUCUUGGACUACAAGAAUUUGCGUGAGAUAGUGGUGAAUAAUCGGAUAACUUGGCUGUUCCACUAUAGCGCUUUGCUCAGUGCUGUUGGAGAAGCAAACGUCCCCUUGGCCAGAGCCGUAAACAUUACUGGUUUACACAAUGUUCUGGAUAUUGCAGCUGAGCAUAAUUUGAGACUCUUUGUUCCAAGUACUAUUGGAGCCUUUGGACCCACCUCUCCUCGAAAUCCAACUCCUGAUCUCUGCAUCCAGAGACCAAGGACAAUCUAUGGAGUAUCCAAGGUUCACGCUGAACUCAUGGGAGAAUACUAUCAUUACCGGUAUGGCCUAGACUUCCGCUGUCUGAGGUAUCCAGGAAUUAUAUCCGCUGACUCUCAGCCUGGUGGGGGAACAACUGAUUAUGCUGUCCAGAUUUUCCAUGAUGCCAUAAAGACAGGCAAAUUUCAAUGCUACCUAAAGCCAGACACUCGUCUCCCUAUGAUGUAUAUUGAUGACUGUGUGAAGGCGACUCUAGAAGUCAUGGAGGCCCCUGCAGAGGCACUGAGCAUGAGGACAUACAACAUCAGUGCCAUGAGCUUCACUCCUGAAGAGCUGGUGCAGGAGGUGCAGAAGCAUGUUCCUGAGCUUCAAGUGACCUACAAAGUAGAUGAAAUCAGGCAGGCCAUAGCUGACAGCUGGCCGAUGAACUUUGAUGACAGGAAUGCCCGGAGGGAUUGGGGCUGGAAACAUGACUAUGAUCUCCCCGAGCUGGUGACUACAAUGUUUAGCUUCCUAGGGUCUGACUCCAGGAUUGCUCAAGUUAGCUGAAAUACUUUGUAAGAUGUUUCCAGAUUUCUAAAGAGGACCAGGAAGAAAUGGCUAAAUUAGUUUAUAUUUUUCUGAGUCUGAGAGCAUGUCAGUUAUUAGCUUUCAUAAGUAGCAAUAGAGUUGGGCAGAAACAUGCUGUUGCUGGAAUCUACUAUUAGA